AUUGAAUGUGCUGAUGCACAGAGCCUGAAGAACAAAAACUGUGUAACUGUCCAAAUACUUACAGUCUGGACUGUAUAUCAAGUUUUGUACCAUGUUCUCAACUUCAUUCAAGGUUUUCUUUCUUUCAUUUGAUUCAUACAGCCUUAAAUCUGAUAUGUAGGUGUGUUACACAAUCCGCUUUCAAAAAGGGUGUGAGUAAUGCCUUUUAUUUGUAUGUGACAAUGCUUCUGUUUUUAUAUAAUGGAUAUUGCACACAUUUUUAUUUAUUUCUUUAUUUUUAUGUUGCAUGUGACCUAGUUUACUGGCCCAGCAGCAUGUGUGGGAGGGAUUAUAAAUCCCAGUAAAGAAUGUUCAGCCUAUGUUUGUUGCUCUUGAGAAGGGUACAAGACAAGUUAUAAUUCGUGGCAAUGGCAAAAAAAACCUUCAUGGGCCUUAAGUUGAGUUUCUAAUAAUAUACUGUGGAUCUUAUUGAGUGGGUUGAGAUGAGUAAUGGACUGUAAGCUUUUUCAAAAGCUAUAGCUGACUGUAGUGGUAUUGUUUUGUUUUUAUUUUAAUUUACUUUAUUUUAUUUUUCAGUAAUCUUGUGCAAAAUGUAGUUGGAUUUUACUUCUACAGAUACAAAUGUCCUUUCACAAAUCCUUCUUAGGGGUGCUGCGCAGGUCAAGUUCUAAUCAACAUAUUGUACGGUAUUUCAAUGUAAUAUUAAGUACUUUUCAUUCAUAUAUAAUUCAUAUUUUUAUUCAUAUUCAUAUGUAUGUUUUGAUCUAUCUAAUUAUAACGUUUUUGUUGUAAUGCAGCACAUGAGAUUUACAAGAAAAUUUUCAGUAAUCCGCAAUGAGAUGGAAAUAGAUAAACUUUGCAGAUGAACAGUUAAAUCUUUUUCUCACUUUACAUCAGCAGGUGGUGGUAAUGUACUUUGUAAAUUGUUCCUCUACCUUUUUUAUGAACGAAGAGUAAGGUCAAUGCAGCGUUUACUAUUUUCAGAAAAAAAGCCUCCUACAAUAGUCGUGAAAAACCACUUCUUGGAUGUGUUCACAUAACGUGUUUUUUAAAGCGGGGAGUGAAUCGUGGUGGUUGUAAUUUUCUGAUGAUUUUGGAUACUCUUUAUAUCGUUUUACACUUUACGAGCAGAUAUGCUCUCAGUUGUUUUUUAAAGGCAGAGGAGCUUCAGUGAGCGCUAUUUUCCAGGACACUCUGAUGUCCCAUUUUUGUCGUAGACCUGAAACACAUCUGGAGGAAGGAAGGCUGUGUACGUGUAGUUAGCUGGUUAGCGACUGCGUAAAGAUGCAAUUGGCUCUUAGUAAAACGUUUGGCCAGAAGCCAGUUAAAUUUCAGUUAGAGCAAGAUGGGGACUUUUACAUGGUUGGGUCGGAGGUUGGAAACUAUCUGCGUAUGUUCAGAGGCUCUUUGUAUAAAAGAUAUCCAUCUUUAUGGAGGAGGCUGGCGUCAGUGGAGGAGAGGAAGAAAAUUGUAGCGUCAUCACAUGCCACCAGUGUUACUCUGCUGAAGGCAUCAGAAUGUGAAGAGAUCUUCGAGGGUAAUGAUGAGAAAUACAAGGCGGUGUCCAUCAGCACAGAGCCCCCGGCUUACCUCAGGGAGCAGAAAGCAAAGAGGAGCAGUCAGUGGGUCCCCACGCUGCCUAACAGCUCUCACCAUCUAGACGCCGUGCCAUGCUCCACCACCAUCAACCGCAACCGAAUGGGUCGUGACAAGAAGAGGACCUUCCCACUGUGCUUUGAUGACCAUGACCCUGCAGUGAUCCAUGAGAAUGCAGCCCAGGUAGAGGCGCUGGUUCCCAUUCGUCUAGACAUGGAGAUAGACGGACAGAAACUGCGAGAUGCCUUCACAUGGAACAUGAACGAGAAACUGAUGACCCCAGAGAUGUUUGCAGAAAUUCUGUGUGAUGACCUGGACCUGAAUCCUCUAGCCUUCGUCCCCGCCAUCGCCUCUGCCAUUCGUCAGCAGAUUGAGUCCUACCCCACUGACAGCAUACUAGAAGAGCAGGCAGACCAGAGAGUCAUCAUCAAGCUGAACAUCCACGUCGGCAACAUCUCUCUGGUGGACCAGUUUGAGUGGGACAUGUCAGAGAGGGAGAACUCCCCGGAGUCUUUUGCACUUAAGCUCUGCUCUGAGCUGGGUUUGGGCGGAGAGUUUGUUACCACUAUCGCCUACAGCAUUCGUGGUCAGCUCAGCUGGCACCAGAGGACCUACGCCUUCAGUGAGAACCCGCUGCCCACAGUAGAGAUUGCCAUCCGCAACACAGGCGAUGCAGACCAGUGGUGCCCCCUGCUAGAGACCCUCACAGACGCCGAAAUGGAGAAGAAGAUCCGAGACCAAGAUAGGAACACAAGGCGUAUGAGACGACUGGCCAACACCGCUCCCUCCUGGUAGAGAGAGACAUGAAGCUGCAUCAGAUGACAUGUCCUCUGGAGACUCCUGUUACUUUGAAAUGAUCAAGCAAACUUACACACACACUCACACACAGGUCAUCCACAAAGCAUCUGGACGUUCCUGUAAGCAUGAAUGCACUCAUACAUACACACAUGGUCAGUGUGAGGGAACCUGCCUCUCAUCAACGCAAACACACACACCCAGGCAUUCCUCUGCUCACACACUCUACCAUCCUUCAUGUUUCCUUUUGCCUUUAGCACAUCAGUCAUGGCAACAAUUCAAGUGUAACACAAGAUCACCGUUAACUGGUGUUGUCAUUUAUCUGAGGAGUGUUCCACAGACAUUCUGCAUCACAGCACAACGGACUGAGCUUAAUGUAUCUGUAUGAAUGGUGUGUGACAUUACAUUGAUCUGGACAGCAUGUGUAUAACAUCACCACAGCAACUUCAAAUCUUCAGACUUCUGUCACAUUUGGAUCAGAGGUGUUAUUUUUUUUCUGGCUACCAUGGCGACACAGGUGAUAACUAAUAACAUUAAGUAUGGUGUGUCCAGAGCCCUGUACUGACACAGUUGUAUAGAAUGAAGUCAUCAUUAAUAUGAAUGCCACCAUAAGUCAAGAUGUCUGCUGGGAAAAAGGCCUGUUCUUACCUCUGUUCCACAUGACCAGUGGUUGGUUUUACUGAGUCAGGGCGUCCUGCAGAGCUUUUUAAAUCAUCAUUUUCUGGGUGAAAAGAGUGAAAAAUGUCUCAACAUUUUUCUUGUUUUAGCUUCUCAAAUGAGAGGAUUUCCUGCUCUGAUCUCAUUGUGAAUUAGAAAUAUAUUUGCACUGUUGAUUGGAUAAAACAAGACAUUUAAACAUGUCACCAUGUGCUCUGGGAAGUUGUGAUGGACAUAUUUUCACUAAUGUUUUUAUUUGUUUAUAGACAAAAAAAAUUAAUUGAAAAAACUGGCAGAUAAAUCAAUAAUGAAAAUAAUUGUCCUGAUGGCAGAGGUGUUGUGUUUAGUAGUGUCAAACUGACCUCACACAUCAACACUUUGUUGGUGGACGUUUCCCCAGAAAUAGUAAAUGAAGCAGCUUAAAGCUGUGGGACCAAAACAGAUGAAAAGUCAGUGCUGUAGACAGAACUUUGCAGACUUUGCUUAAAGGAAUAACCCACAAUGCAUAGUGUGACAUGAUGACUUCCACAUAUGUUGAUCUCAACAAGGAGCCAAAAAAAAAAAAACACUCCAAGGGCCCAUUUCAGAGUAGAAAAUUUGCGAGUAGGCUACUGCUUCCAUGCAAAUCAAAAAUCAAAACAUUGUACGAAACAUCUUGAUGAAAUGUGAUGGAAUAAUUUCUCCACUUCCAAACACAGUGCUUCAGUGUUUCAAUUGGCCGACUGAGCACAUCUGCACAAAGGUGAGUCUGAGCCGACUGGUGAUCGGAACAGGAAACAGCAGAGCAGAUCAUUUGAGGACUGGAAGUGUAAUGUGACCAUAUUUGCUAACUGUGAUGUCAGUAGCUGCGCUAUAGAAUACACCGGUUCUUACUGGAAUAGUGAGAAUUGUUGAACAAACUAUCAGAAUUAUUUGUCAGAUGCAGUACAUCUCACAAAUGACCAGUGUGCAUGUGUAAAAUCAAACUAGUGAUGUCACUGCUGUCCAGACAGGUCAUUAGACACCAUGGCUGGGAUUUGCAGCCAAUCACAGAGGAGUUGUGGUUUAAGUAUGUAGCUUCUGAGCUCUGAUUCUGACAAGUAAUGUGCACCAGUGUUCAUCUGCAUGCUGAAACAUAGCUAGCUCAUACUGUACCCUGUGCAUGAGGGAACAACUGUUCCCAUAGUUGUGUGUUGCACUGUGCCUCACAUAGCAUUAGUGUCAGCAGACUGGAGCCUCUGUUUCACUGAUGCUGUGGUCGGGUAAUACAGAGGAUAAAAAAACAAGCUGACGUGAACCAAUGGUGUCUUUUAAAGUGAUGAUUUUUCAACUUGAACAUACUCCGUAGAAUGAUGUAAACGUAUGUACUGACGCUUCUUGUUAUCUUGUUUUGUAAAAUUGCUUUACCUUUAUAGUGGACUUGUUUUUUAUAUUAAAAGUAACAAUAAAGGAACUUGUUUAAAAUA